GGGAAAGCCAUCUGGGAGGACGAGUGUGGCAUGUGAUCUCAACAGCUCCCUGUUACCUCGGAGAAAUAAAAUCAAACUUCACCUUACAGAUCAGGUGACACACCAGACUGCACGCCCAGAUGUGAAUACAGACGCAAUAACCACAGUUUGGACAUUAAACCGGUAACGACUGUCCGCGAUGGCCUCGGAGCAACUUGAGGAACUGACCAGAGCAAUCGCUCUUGAAUCUGUGGGUGCCUGUUCGGAUGGAUGCACAGAGAUGGACCGAACUCCACCUGCACCUAAAUCUUCCAGGGAUCAGUGGUCAACCCGACUGGACUAUAUUAUGUCCAUGAUAGGCUACUGUGUUGGUUUUGGGAAUUUAUGGAGAUUCCCUUACAUCUGCAACAGGAAUGGUGGAGGUGCUUUCCUGAUUCCGUUCGUAACAUUCCUCGUCAUCACGGGUCUCCCGAUGUUCUACCUUGAAGCAGCGCUGGGGCAGUUCUCAGGGAAAGGGGCGGUCCAGCUGUGGAACUUCUGUCCUCUCCUCAAAGGUAUUGGCAUUGGAAGUAUUAUCCAGGUCGCCAUCUGCCUGCCCUACUACAACAUCCUCCUGGCCUGGCCAAUCUACUACCUGGUGCAAUCGUGCUCCUCCGUCCUGCCCUGGACGAUGUGUGGCAACUGGUGGAACACGGACCUCUGCGUAGAGGACAUCUCACUUCUCAGAAACUUGUCCACCAAUUCCUCUGACGUGAUGAACUCCCUGGCUGGCGUCAAUGGUACCGCUAUCAACACUGCUGCACAAUGGGGGAACGCGACCCUGGCUCACACGGCUGUGGAGGAGUUCUAUCAGUACAAUGUUCUACGUAUUUCAAAUGGAAUACAUGAAGUUGGAUCCAUUCAGUGGCAUUUAGUGGCCUGUCUCUUUGCUUCUUACAUCAUUAUAUUCCUCUGCAUAUUUCGUGGAGUGAAAGCAACCGGAAAGAUAGUGUACAUAACAGCUUUGCUGCCCUACAUUCUCCUGACCGCUAUCCUGAUUAGGUCCCUGAUGCUGCCUGGCUCUGGUGACGGCAUUGCAUAUUACAUUAAAACAGAUUUCAGCAAACUGCUCAAUAUUGAGGUGUGGUCUGAAGCUUGUCUACAGGUGUUCUACAGCCUGGGUCCUGGGUGGGGCAUCAUCGUGACAACAUCUAGCUACAACAAGUUCACUGAACCUACAUUAAGGGAUAGUAUUAUUCUGUGCAUUGCAUCAGAGGGCACAAGUAUAUUUGCUGGCUUUGUCACCUUCUCUAUCCUGGGAGUCAUGGCUGAGAGAGUCGGUGUGUCCAUCACUGAAGUUGUGUCAUCAGGUCCAGGAUUGGGUUUUGUUGCGUACCCGGAAGCCCUAUCACAACUUCCGCUUCCUCAGAUGUGGUCGUUUCUGUUUUUUUUAAUGUUACUGACCGUUGGAUUGGACUCUCAGUUUCUGUUCGCGGAAAUCGUGUCUACAGCCCUUAUUGACCAGUUUCCAAGGACACUUGGGAAACGAAGAGGUUUGGUGACAGCAGCUUUGUGUGGCGUUGCCUUUCUGUUGGGUGUCAUUAUAUGCACACAGGGUGGCACUUACAUCAUGCAGCUCCUGGACUGGUAUCUGGUGUCUCUGUCGUUGUUCAUGUUUUGUACCCUGGAGUGUGUGGCCACGGUCUGGUUCUACGGAAUCCAGCAGCUAUGUGACGACAUACGCCUGAUGUCCGGACGCCCUUUACCUGUCCUGGUGAAAGUACUGUGGGGAUUCGUCACACCUGGAAUACUUCUGGUUGUGUUCUUCAUGACGCUUGCUAACUACCAGUCGCCAUCAUACGGGAAGUACACCUACCCUACCUCAGCAGUCGUGAUUGGCUGGAUGAUAGCAUCUCUGCCUCUCAUUCCCAUCCCGGUGAUGAUGAUAACACAAUUACAAAAGCAACGAGGAUCACUCAAGCAGAGACUGCUGCAGUUGCUCCGACCUGACGGGACGUGGUGUCCGGCAAACACCCUCGCCACAAAGAAUCACACCAGGCGGACAUUUGCAGAAUCUUUUAGAUAUAUUUUUAAAUCUGGAAAGAAAUCUGUUGAGACAGCUCGCUACUAAUACACAUGUACGAAUAAAGAUGUCAAAUGUAGAAACAGUGUUCUAUACACAUUAAUGUAAUUUCACGUAAGUAAACACUUGGAAAUCAGGAACAUACACUCCUGAUAUGCCUUUAAAAAAAAUAUUGUUUAUAAGGGAGUGUUAGAAUUACCAUUUACCUAAAAAUAUAUUUAGUGAAAAUAUACAAAUUGAAAUUUUGACGCCGGAACACAACGAAACCUAAUAGGCAAGUAAACAUGUGUUAAUCAGCAUUCAGCGUUUGAAAUAACCAGCUGACAAAUUCACCAUAUCCAAGUGGAUACCACCUAUAGUACUCCAACCUUGUGUUGUGACUUUUAUGGUGUUGUAGGCACAUUGUCAUAUGGGCAGAUUGGCGUGUAGGCACGUUGGCGUGUAGGCAGAUUGGCGUGUAGGCACGUUGGCGUGUAGGCACAUUGGCGUGUAGGCACAUUGGCGUGUAGGCACAUUGGCGUGUAGGCAAAUUGGCGUGUAGGCACAUUGGCGUGUAGGCAGAUUGGCGUGUAGGCACACUAGCGUGUAGGCAGAUUGGCGUGUAGGCACAUUGUCAUAUGGGCACACUGGCGUGUAGGCACAUUGGCG